CAUCUUACAGAAAUUUUACUCAAAGCUCCAACACUGCCCGACAUCAAAAUGGCGACCCCAAAAUCUCUAAACAACACCUACCAUGCCCCGACCGCCCCGUAUCUCAGACCUAUCAUUAUCUGCGGCGUCGUCAUGGCGCUUGUCGCACGUCGCGAGGUCAUUUCACCGGGCUCACCACUAUACGAUUACGUCCUGUCGAGAUCGCCAAACGCCUUGAAAGCCGGUGUCUGGAUCCAGAAUGGACUAUUCUACUUCCUCUACGGUGCUCAUGCUAUCGAGGCAGCUGUGUUCACCAAGCGAUUGAGCAACCAUGGUGUUAGCGUAAUGAGUCUGGCAUGGUGGAAGUGGAUGGCGACGUGUUUCAUUGGGGGCAAGUUUUGCUUUGAGCACUUCGACAAGGUGGUGGGAAAGAAGGCUGCUUAGAUGAGUUGUGAGCAUGAAAGGGUCGAUGCGGGGAGUGAUUCAAUUCAAUUCGGAUUCACUGUA